AUGAGUCCUCAUUCUUCAACCCCAUCUUCUUCGAGCCUGCUCAAUGUCUGGGCAAGAGGAAACCCAACCGACCAGCUCACUCCCAAAGCAUCAGCACAGUCAGGAACAUCGACUGAGAUCGACCCAUUCGAUAACACCAAGCACCAACCACUCUGCAAUGAUGACUAUCAGCUAAAGACUCCCAUGCCCCAAUCCUUAUCGCCCAAGAAAAACUACUUCUCAUCAUCUACUACUAAUACUAACACCCCACAACAACAACAACCAGAGCCUGCUUCCAUGGCUACUAACUCCCUCAAAGCCUUCGUCAAAACAUAUACUACUAAUAAGAACCAUAACACUAAGAACUCGUUCAAUUUUACUAAUCAGCCGAUCACCAGAUCAGAGAAAUCAUCAACAGCAACAGCAGCAUCAGAAACAACAGAGAACCCGUUCACCUUACCCCCAAUCGGCUUGCUGAAAGUCAAGAUCGUCUCCGCCAGAGCGCUCCGUUUCGCAGCCUCGAAUUCGAGACCGUAUGUCUAUGCCUCAUUCGACAAUAAUGAGUUUGCAUCCAGAGAGCCGAUCGGCGAGGAGGAGGAAGAGACCAGAGGAGUGCCGACAUCUACUAUCAGUCGCUCCCAAUCCCAAGACAGCUCCAAAUCUCCUCAAUUACCUCCUUCUUCUGAGGAUAGACGCAUCCCUACUCCUAAUAAUAAUGAGCAUCAGAGUCAGGGAAACGGAUUGCGCUGUCUUAGUGGCCAGAAUCCAAUCUGGAAACAAGAGGUAGAUUUUGAUGUAACGCAUCAUAAGCCAGUCUAUUCCCCGCACCACUCGCUGUAUCUCUCUGUCUACGACCGAUCAUUAGGCGACACCAAUGGCCACCGCCAGCCCGCACCCCCACAACAGACAAAACCGACGCCUUCGAGCGACUAUCCAAACAGGACCCCCUCCCCGCUCGUCCAUCCCGAUCAACUUAUCCCCGGCCAUCUCAUCCCUGGCAUCGAAGGCGUCGAGUCUUUCCUCGGCGAAACUCAGAUCAAGUUGGACUUCAAACAUCUUAGUCGGAUCGGAGGCUGGAUCGAUCAAUGGUAUCCUUUGACGAUGCGGAAAGGGACGAAGACAGGCAAGCCAGAAGAAGAAGGGAAAAGUCCAGGCGAGCUACGGAUCCAACUGCGCUACCACGAGCAUCGGACGAAGAAGUCAUUGGAUGUGAGCGACUUUGAGUUCCUCAAGAUGAUCGGCAAGGGCACUUUCGGCCGGGUCUUCCAGGUCCGCAAGAAGGACACCCGCAGGAUCUAUGCCAUGAAGGUCUUGAGCAAGAAGGAAGUCAUCGAUAAGAAGGAGGUCCAGCAUACCAUCGGCGAACGUAAUAUCCUCCAGCAAUCCUCCGAUUGUCCUUUCUUACUUGGACUCAAAUUCUCCUUCCAAUCCCCCGGUGAACUUUUCUUAGUGAUGGAUUACAAAAGCGGUGGAGAGUUAUUUCAUCAUUUGCAAAAGGAGGGAAGGUUUACUGAAGAAAGGGCGCGCUUUUACACGGCGGAGAUAGUUUUAGCGCUAGAGCAUCUGCACAUGUACAACAUAGUAUACCGGGACCUGAAACCGGAGAACAUCCUCUUAGACGCGACGGGACACAUUGUACUAUGCGACUUUGGGCUCUCGAAGCCGAACUUAAACCAAGACGAGCUAACAACCACCUUCUGUGGAACCACGGAAUAUCUGGCACCCGAAGUCCUCCUCGAUGAUCAUGGCUACUCUAAGUUGGUCGACUUCUGGUCUCUAGGCGUCCUCCUCUUCGAAAUGUGUUGCGGUUGGUCCCCCUUCUAUGCCGAAGAUAAUCAGCAAAUGUAUAAGAAUAUCUGUUUCGGUAAAAUCAAAUUUCCCAGAGGCGUCAUUGGUGAUGAAGGGAAACAAUUUGUUAAAGGCCACAGAUUAGGCUCGCAAAACGACACGGAAGAUCUGAAGAAGCACGAGUUUUUCAAGAGCAUAGACUGGCAUAAGCUGAGUCUACGAGAAGUGAUCCCGACGUUCAAGCCGCACAUUGAGUCGGACGAGUCGGUCUCCAACUUCGAUCGCGAGUUCACCACCUUGGACAUUUCCGAGCAUCUGCCGAGCACCAUCAAGGAGCGCUUGGUACAGGACUCUAAUGGUGCUGUGGGUGGUGUGGGCAAAUGCUUUGAUGAGAAUGAUCGCUCGGACGAUUGGGUCAAGAAGGCCUCUUAUGUCCCUUCUUCUGUCCUCCCUUCUGCUACUGCUACCCACCAAGUCCCUUCCAACUCUGCCUCGACGUCGACGGUUUCGCCCGGUCACUCCAUCAACCCAGCCUCCUCUCAUCUCCCGCCUCUUCCUUCUUCUUCUUCGGUCUCCGCUCCUGCUCCUGCGUCUGCUGCGCCUCUCACUUUUGACACUAAAGCUUCGGAUCCUAAUCAUGAUCAGGAUCAGUUCCUUGGGUUCUCUUAUCAUGGCGAAUCGGAACUCUUUCAUCUCGCCCAUAACAACAACAAUAAUCACCAACCACCCCAUUCGUCUUCGUAUCAUCAGAUGAAUAACAUCCAACAGUCUCUCGACCACCUCGAUCUUUCUUCCUCUUCUGGCCAUGCCGACCAUGACAGUCUUCGCUCGCCCUCGUUCUCCGAUGAUGAUGAUGACGAGGAGGAGGAGGAUCAAGAUGAGCCUCCCGUGUCGGCGUUCGAUUCUGGCUACUCUUAG